GAAAUUUUUCGUUUUUUUUUUACCGCUCCUCCACCAUUAAUGCCCCCUUCCACUUCUUCUCUCUUCUCCCUCCUCUCCGGUCAAAUCCCAUUCCCCCGCAACUCAAACUUCCGCAGCCUCUGAGAAGCUGAAGUCUCUGCCGUGUCGGAGAGUAAAGGAUCACAAAAACACCGUUUCAGAAUUCACAGCAAGAGCGAUGGGGAAGUACGUUAGAGACGCAAAAAUGGCCGGCGAUGUGGCGGUUAUGGAGGUUUCACAGUCCACGGUCGGCGUUCGCACCCGUGCCAAAACCCUAGCCCUCCAGCGCCUUCAAUCCUCUGCUCCGCCGCCUAGUCCGGACUCGUGUUACCUCCAGCUUCGCUCCCGCCGCCUCGAGAAGCCCCCGGCUGUCCUCCCCAAUAAUUCCAAAAAGCUGCCUAAGCGUAACCUAAAAUCAGGCUCGAAACAGAGUUUCCUACAAGACGAAGAAUCAAGGACUUGCCGGAACUCGGAUGCUCAGUCCAGCUCGGGGCUCCGAGGCGGUUCUAUGAACUCGGGUUCAGUUAACCAUUCCAUGACAGGCGAGCUCUAUUUUCAGGAAUCGAACGGAGGGAUUGAGAUAAACGAUGGCAAUGAUUUCGGCAUCUUAGAGGCUUCAUUUGGGGAGACCAUUCUCGACUGUGAACCAAGAGAUAGGUUCACCAGAGAAACUACUCCUUGUAGCUUAAUAAGGGAGGCAGACGACGUCAAGACCCCUAGCUCCACAACAAGGAGGACAAAUGCGCGCUCUGCAACUCAUAGGAUGCGAAGUUCAGUAAGAAAUAUUCCUUCAACAGGGGAAAUGGAUGAAUUUUUUGGCUGUGCAGAGCAGCAACAGCAGGCACUUUUCAUUGAGAAGUAUAACUUUGACAUUGUGAACGAUUUGCCUCUGCCAGGACGUUAUGAAUGGGCGACAAUUAGCCAAUAAGGAAACAAAUUGAAUCGUUCUUGGGGUCUUUCCAUUACCUACAUUCAGUGUAAAAGUAGACUUAGAGAUCU